UGUGGUUCUAUCCCCUCAGACAGCAGAGACUUCCGUCAGUGGACAGCUGAUCUGGCCAAUCACACGACAGAGAGGGGCCAGCUGCUGGACCGGUACCAGAACCUGAGCUAUGACAGAGACCAGCUGCUGGACCGGUACCGGAACCUGAACCGGGAGAAAGACCAGCUGCUGGGCCAGUACGAGAACCUGAACCGGGAGAAAGACCAGCUGCUGGGCCGGUACCAGAACCUGAACAGUGACAGAGACCAGCUGCUAAACCGGUACCAGAACCUGAACCAUGAGAAAGACCAGCUGCAGACCAGAUUGACGCAAACCCUGAAGGAUGUCGGAACAUGUCCCAGCGAAUGGAAGCAGUUUGGCGGCAGCUGUUACUUCUUCUCUCAAAGUUGGAGCUCAUGGAAUUCCAGUCGACAGCAUUGUUUAAGCCAACGAGCCCAUCUGGUGGUCGUCAGCAGCCGGCAGGAGAUGGUGUUCCUGAACAAACUGGGGUAUCGUGUGAAGUUUUGGAUCGGUUUAAGUCAAACAUCCAGCAGCUCUAACUGGGAGUGGACUGAUGGAAGAUCACCUGAAGCCAUGUACUGGCGGUAUGGACACCCACUGACGUACCUCAACAGAAGAUGUGCAGUUUUUAACAGCUUUGCAGCAGGAAGUUAUGACAGAACAUUUUAUUCGUGGUCUAGUGAGUCUUGUACUCAGUUCCUGCGUUGGGUUUGUAAGAAGGAAGCUGUUCCUUCAGAUCUGUGAUUCAUCAGAAAAUGUGUUUGAGAGAAAAGAUGUCGUAAAUAAUCAGGAUUCAUGUGUAAGCACAGCUCAGAAACAUGAGGAUGUGCGAUGAUGAAUUACUGUUUGUUUAAUUCCACAUCUGCACCGGUUCAGACACAACCGAGCCUCUUAAAGUUCACUGGUCUGAUUAAAACAAGCAGCAGAAGUUUAAAGAAGCCGGUCAGAGUUUCAUCUUGUUCUGAUCUUAAACCUGGAGAUGAAGGAAUCACAUUUACUGUUAAAUAACGGUGUAUCUGUAGGAAAACAUAAUUAUCAUCUGUUAUUUAAUGCUAAAUCUGCAGUAUAAAACUGCAAAUGUUAAAUAGGUCCAUAGAAUACUAGAAAAUUAAUUUUAUGAUGUUUUUACGGAGUUUCCCAUAAUACACACAUAAUGACAGUAAAACACUGAGAAAAGAGCAUUAAACUACAUAAUAAUAAUGAUAAUGGUUAUUUUUACAAAUUACAAAUCGAACCAUUAAAUCAGGAAAAAAAAUCAGUUCACAAAUAUUUGUUGUCAUUUGAAAGAAAACAUUAAAUAUAUUAGUGGUUAAAAGAGAAAAUCAGUUCUUCAUCUGUUACUUAACAGAUUUAUUAUUUCAGUUUAAAGAUAAUAUCUAAUAAAAACACAUUAAUGUCCACAUUAAAAAUCUGCAUUUUUACAAACUGCAAAUUAAAUCAGACCAAAUUAAGAAAAUAAAUUGUUUCACAGAUGUGUUCUGCCAUUUGAGAGAAAAAAUAAAUAUAUUAGGCACUGAAAAUGGAAAAUAACUUUUCAUGUGUUAUUUUACAGAUUUGUUUUUGCUAAUUUAUAGAAAACAUCUAGUAAAACACAGAAACAUAAAUAUUACAAAUCUGUAAAUAAUCUCCACUUUAAAAUGCUGUUAUUGCAAAAAAAAUUACAUUUUUUAAAAAUUUUGAAUUGUUUUAUAGAUUUCACACAAAAUUAUUCUAUUUUAAUACUUUAUUUUAUUCUAUUUUAUUUUAAUCUUUUUUAUUUCAAUAUAUUUUAUUAUAUUUUAUUCUUUUUUACCUUCACUGUACCUAAUAUUCUCUGUUGUCUUGUUGUUGUUUACUCUCUUGUUGUUGAAUAUCCAGCUGCUGUAACAACAGACUUCCCUCUGGAGAUUAAUAAAGUUGAUCUAAAUUCCACUGCAUCUGGGUUUAAUGAGCAGGUGGGUUAUCAGACAUAACUGUAGAAUAGAAGCGUCCUGAUUGGCCGGUUUAAACUGGAAUGAGAGGCUCUUAUUGGUCGGUUCAGAAGGCAGCACAGUGCAGCUCUGAUUCCUUCUGAUUCACAGUGUUUUUGUCAUUUUUUCUUUCUUUUGGAGGCUGACGUUAGUUUGAAAAUUCCAAAUAAACUGCUGUAGAUUUUCCUGUA